CAGGUGAGCGCAGGCGCAGCGCAGCUUUUCUUCCCCUCCCCCUCAGGGUCAGAGGCUCCGGGGCGGAGCUAUCGCGCCGUGCCGUGCCGUAACGUGCCGUGACGCUCCUUGAGGCGCACGGAAGCGCCGGCAGAGGAGCUGCUUGUGGCCACUUCAGCUGAGCGGUGCGGAGGUCCUAGAGCUCCAACCGGGCCUGGAGGGGUCUGGCCGAGAGGGCUUAACCCCUUCCGCGCCGCAGCCGUGCGGGGGGGGUGCUUAUGGCAGCUUUGCAUCGCCGCUGGGCAGCUAGCUGCUCGCGCCGGAGGAGCCCGGGCUCCGUUUCUACCGGAGACUCCCGGCUCAUUUAGGUGCUCUCUAUGAGUCAGGGGGCGAUGCCCCAGCCUGGGGGGUGGCCUGGGGCAGGCGCCCCUGAGGGACACGACUUGGAGACAGAGCCUGCCCCUUUAGGCCAUGGGAAAGCUGCAGCAAGGGAGGACGCGCCGGCGGGACAGGAGGACCCGGGCUUCUGCCCUGCCCGGGGCUACUCUGGAGAACAGGAGGAGGACAUGUAUCGUGCUGAAGAUGAAAUAGAAAAGGAAAAAGAAUUACUGGUACAUGAAAGAGGGUUAUCAGAGCCCAAGUUAAGUGUGGCCCCUGAAAUGGAUAUCAUGGACUAUUGCAAAAAAGAGUGGAGAGGGAAUACCCAAAUGGCAAAACGGAUGAAAAAGGGCUAUGAAGAAGUUUCUCAGAAAUUUACCUCUAUAAGGAGAGUCCGAGGUGAUAAUUACUGUGCUCUCAGGGCAACCUUGUUCCAGGCAAUGAGCCAAGCAACUGAUCUUCCUAUUUGGCUCAAAAAUCAGGAUAUUAUGCUGUUACCAGAAAAACUAAUAAGCAGAUAUAACUGGAUCAAGCAGUGGAAGCUUGGACUGAAAUUUGAUGGAAAGGGAGAGGACCUGGGAGAUAAAAUUAAAGAAUCUUUAGCUCUACUAAGAAAGAAGUGGACAGGUUUAACUGCAAUGAGAACUGCAGAAGAGAGGCAGGUGGCUUGUGAUGAGCUCUUCCGAAAUGAAGAGGAAGAAUAUAGCCUCUAUGAAGCUGUGAAAUUUCUGAUGCUGAGCAAGGCCAUCCAACUCUACGAUGAUAAAGAGAAGGGAAAGGAAGUGCCCUUCUUCUCUGUCCUUCUGUUUGCUCGGGACACCUCAGGAGAUCCUGCUCAGCUGCUGAGGAAUCACUUGAAUCAAGUGGGCCAUUCUGGUGGCCUGGAGCAGGUUGAGAUGUUUCUUCUUGCCUAUGCAGUGCAUCACACCAUACAAGUUUAUCGACUAUCUAAGUACAACACUGAGGAAUUCAUCACAUCUUAUCCUACAGAUCCACCCAAGGACUGGCCUGUGGUGACUCUGAUUGCUGAGGAUGACAGGCAUUAUAAUAUCCCUGUCAGAGUGUGUGAGGAGACAAGUUUGUGAUAAAGAGAUCAAAAGAGAGAGAAACUUAUUAGACUUCUGGCUUGAAAUAUGGCUUAGAGUGCUGAUCUAAGAGAACUCUUCAUCCUCUUUGAGCUGGUUUUGACCUCACGGAGGUGUCCUAAAACCUAAAUGUUUGCUAUCAGGAUUAAGGUUGUAUAUAAAGCUUUUUUUUUUUUCCUUCCUGCUCCAAGGCAAUAAAUUUCAGAGGCCUUCAGAAUAUUGCACCUGUUGGAAGGUGUAAAAUAUAUAUCCUCAAUAAAGCAAAAUGUUCUGUAUCAUGCCAUCACAGGGCUAAUUUGGGAGAAUCCCAAAGUCAAAUCCCCUGUCAUGAUAAAUUAGUAAUUUGUUUUUUAAGUAGAGAGUAAACAGUUUUCCUCUAGUGAUGAGUCUUUGAAGUAACCUGUCUAUGCAAUGCAUUUGUUGGGACAUUAGAACUGUCUGCUCACUUGGUAUACCUCUGGCAUUUUCUUCUGCAUAAUGCAGAGAGAAUAAAACUGGGUUGAAACAUUUCCUAAAGGUAUUUUGAAACAUUCUCAGCAGAGAGGCAGCAGGGCAUAAGGAAGAGAGUUCAUCUUGGAAUCAGAAAGAUCUAGGUUUCUUGCUUAUGACACACACUGACUACGUGUCUGUGAACGAAUCACUUAAUAUCUCAGCCCCCCUCUCCAAUACUCUAAGAAAUGACAAGUUGCUGACUUGGAUUAGAAGGACCUUUAUUGCUAGGAGUUCUCCAUAAUAAUGAAAUCUCAGUUCUGGACCAAAAAAACCUAAAAUCUCCAACAUAGACUUUUAAGGGCUGGGUCCAAAUGGGCUUAAUAAAAGCAUUGUAGAAAGCUCUGUUAGGUGAGAGAACAUUAUAGGAAUUGAUCCUAGUAUAGAAAAUCACCUUCUUUGGGGUGACUACUCAUUCAAAUUGCUCUCAAAUACAUCAGCCAGUAAAGCAUUCAUUCAUUUACCUCUGGGUGCUUGUGAUACAAAGAAAGGCAGAAACGUGGUCGUUCCCCUCAGGAAACUUACCUAAAAAUAAUUGUACAUACAAGAUGUGGUGCAAAUGGGAGGGAGUCUUAGGAGGAAGGCACUAGCAUGCAAAGGUAAUUUAAGUCUUAGGGUCUGUGUGGCUACAGGAAGAACAUUGAAGUAAGAGGAUCUCCACUCAGGUUUCAGCUGUGACCUUUAACCGGUAGACCGUGAGUAAGUUCCCUAACCUCCUUGGUCGCCUUCAUUUCCUUCUCUGUAAAAUGAAGGGUUUAAACUAGAUAUCCUCUGAAAUCCUAUCCAGCUCACCAGUGACCCUAAGUGUGGCCUUGGUCAAAUCUUUUAACCUCACUUUUCCCAUGUUUUAUUUCAUUUCUUUUUCUAGCCCCUUAUUUUGUAUUAGUAAGAACUCUUAAAGGUGGAAGGGCAUGGGCUGGACAAAUGGAGUUAAGUGACUUGCCCAGAGUCACACAACUAGGAAACAUCUGAGAUUAGAUUUGAAUCCAGGACCUUAGACUCCAGGCCUGGGACUCUGUCCACUAAGUCAUCCAGAUGCCCUUUUUCCAUUUUUUCAAAGAAUAGUUGAAAUAGAUGAUCUUUUAAGAUCUCUAUCAGGUUUAAAACCUUAUUUUUGUAAUGCUAGGUGCUCUUAAAUUGAAAUACUGCCAGAGGUGGCAUUUUCUUCCCUCAACUUGACUCAUGUUGGAAGCUCUUGCUGCCAAUGUUUUCUUUCCUUGGGAUGAGGGUUGGGGAAACUAGGGGGUGAGGGUGAGUGUAAAUCAGAUCCAAUUUUCAGAGCUGACAAGCUGAAAUUUUACAUAGGAAUAAGCUUAUAUACUACUUCUACAUUAAUUUAAAAAUUAAAGGAAUGUUGUGCAGCAAUACCUGGUGAAGCUGGCAUGUUCCUGGAUUUACUGAUGAUGUCACUUAAAGUUGUUUUAAUGGGAAACAUAGCAGACCAUCUCAGAUUAUGUAUGACAACUAAAAAAAUCUGUACAGCUCUAGAAGGAAGUGAUGAAGCUAGACAGCCUAUGUGUGGGAUCUUAGACUGUAAUAGAGUGAUCAUCAGAGGGAUGAAUCUACUGUACUUUUGUGGCAACAUUGACACAGUCUAGGUGAAUGUGACAACCCAGCAUUCAGGUGAUUCAGAGAAAAACUGGGAUUCACUUUUCUCUCAAUCAUUGUUUUGUCUGUUACUACAUAAGUACUUUGAUUUGGGAUGAUCCCUUUUGAAGGUGGAGAGGCUGGUUUAAAUGUAAUAUUUAAGUAACACAAAUAUUACAUAUACUUAAAAUUUGAAGUUCUUGGUUGAGGAGAGAACUCUAAACAUAAAUAACUAUGCAAACUCUACCAUGUGACUUUAAUCAGCUUAGAUGUUGCCUCUGCACUGUGAUCAGUACACAGUUCCUCUACCAUGUUUACUUUAUAGCUAAAAGCCUUUGAAUCAAAUUCUGUUCUCCUAGAGAAUGCCAACAUUUCCUGUUGAACUGGGCUGAACUACAGAGGCUGGGACCAGAUCUCUAGAUUAUUUUUUCCCUGCACUCAGCAUAUGGUUAUGCUGUGAAUGAACAAUGUUCCUGAAAGUCUCAUGAGAGUAGUAAUAAUGAAUUCUUGGGUUUUGGUUGCCUUUUAGUGUUUCUAUCUUAUCCAUACAAAAUAAUUCUUAUACCUCUUCCAUCACAGGAUCUCACUAGAAUGAUUGGCAUUUGAGGCAGUAAAGCUGUAGCGCACUUGACCUGGUGGAUCUUGCCGUACUGGGCCGCAUCUUCUGGUAGCAUUGGUAAUGAUGUAUGAAGUAUUCCUAAUCCAUACACUUCCCCCCCCUCAAAUUUCAGUCUAUAUGUUUGAAAUGGAGCCAGUGGAUUUCACUGCUAUAAUUGUUUGCUUGCCCCUUUUUUCCCUUCUAUUCUUAUGAAUGUGUUGAAAAUCUCAAAAAUGAAUGCAGAACUCACAUUCUCACGCAGGUCAACGAUGGAAAUUUAAAAGGAUAUAAAUCUGUGAUGCUUUUCCACAUACUUUUUGGCUGGCUACUGACCCAGACACUUGUAAACUUCAUCUGUCACUUCAGCACUUGGAAUAAGGAAGAGAGGGAUAAAUAAGAGGAGGAUAAGACAUAAGAUACAUAGUUUUAGGGAAAUAUUGGUAAAUCAUUUCUUUCCCUGUUGAAAUUCAUUCUUUGUUUGCCCACAUUCUUAGAUUUUUUUCUUAUAGUGGGCUGGUCUUUUUUCCUUUGGGGAAGGAGAGCAGGUUUUGUGAUUAAUUGAGUAACUAACAUUUUAGAAACUGGUUAAGACCCAAAUGUACUCAGCAGGCUUAUCUAUUUAUAAGUGAAAUGGUUAGUGUUCUGAAAGAGAGCACAUGGUGAGAACUUAAAGCACACUGACUUAAUACCCCAAAGUAGACCACACGAGUUCAGAAGUAUUCACACAAGCAAUCAAGCUGCUGAAAGAAUCCCUGUGCCUUGGACAAAGACAUCACAAGCAUUCUGUCUCACAUUAAAGCACUUUUAAAUCAAAUGGCAGCUUGGUUUCUAAUAUUCUCCACUGAUAACCUUUGUAUCAGCAUGUUUCCUUCUCCCCUCUUAAUUCCUUAUACUUCUGUGCAUCAACCAUCUACUGGCUUCACUCAUACAAGGACCACCAACACAGCACAAAUGGGAGUGAGAAGCUGUUGCCACCACUUCAUUUCUGACUUGUGUUGUCAACUUCAGACAUCCAGGAUAUCAAUGCAAAAUAAUGUUUUUGAAGUUCAUCCAUUAGAGAACUGAUUACUGAUUUGCAUGUAAUAUCUAAAAUUGGAUUCAUCUUUUUUCUCUAAACUAUUUGAUUCUUGGAACCUUUCUUACAGUACUCAUGUUCAUUUUAUGACUGACAUUUUUAUAGUAUCAAGGCACGUGCUUUGGAUCCUUUUAAUUCCUCCCACAUGUUUUAUCAUUUAGCCCGUAAAAUCUCAGGCCCCCUGUCUAAUAGGAAAACUAACUACUGCGGGAAUAAACAGUGUUUGUAAUCUUAUGUGCUGGCUACAUUUUUUAAGGGCUUUGUGGUCCCCUUAGCAAAAAAGGUGCUAUUUUUAGCAGAUAUGUUAGUGUUCCAAAUCUUGUACAUGUUGAUAAUAUUAGUGAAUUUCUGUGUUUCACCUGCAUUUAAAACCUAAACAUCCAUCUUUUAUUAAACUUUUACAUACAGGAGUUACAUAGACCUAAG